AUGACGCUUCAUAAAAAAGUAAUAAAAAGCAAAAAUUUAAAGAACGAGUUAGCAAAAGAAUUACAUUUUUUAAAAAAUGUAUUUUCGUCCCUAUCAAUACCUAUUCAUUCGAAAGAUAAUGAUACCAACGAUGAUUUUGAAAUAACCAAUGAUGGGGACUUGGAUAUUAAAAAGGACUUUCCUAAACGUGCAUCUAGUAUAGUCGAAUUAGAAGAAAAAUUACAAAAACUUAAAUCUCAGAAUAACUUCCACUUGAAAAGUAAAUUAGCAAAAAAGAGCAUAAACAGCAAACUUAACAAAAAACUCAAGAAAAAGGAAAGGGCUAGUAAAACUCCUGCUAAGAGUUCUACCGAUUAUCAAACCAAUAACAAACAGGCUAAUAUGGACAAAACAAAUAUUAGUACAGCAAAACCUAUUUUUAAUAAUGAAGGCAAAUUGGUCUUCUCUAAAUUUGAUUUUGCUAAUUUUGGUAGAAAAGAAAAAGGUGCCAAAAUGCACAAAGAUCCUAAGAAAAUUUUAGAUGAGAUGAAACAACAGGAAAACAAAUUCCGUCAACUACAAGACACUGAUUGUGCAGAUAAGGUACAAGAAAUAAAAGCAAAAAUGGCAUGGAAAAAUAUUCUCCAAAAAGCAGAAGGACAGAAAGUUAAAGAUGAUCCAAUAUUACUAAAGAAAUCUAUAAAAAGAAUGGAACAAAAGAAAAAAGUUAGUAAAAAACAGUGGGAAAAUAGGGUGAAAAAUGUUGAGCAAAAGAAGGAGGAAAGACAGAAUAAGAGGAAAGAAAAUAUUUCUAAAAAGAAAAAAGAAAAGAAAUCAAAAAUUGUUAAAACAGCAAUUAAGAGAGGACGAGUUGUAAUU